GAGCAGUUUUUGUUGGAGCAAGUUUAGCUGAAGCUUCUUCUUGUGCGUUUUGUUUUCAUUGGCACACUCGCCUUCGCUGAAAAUUAUUGUCGCUGUUGAUUGUAGAUGUGUUGUGUUUUUGAUAGUCUUAAAGGAAGCUGAAUGCUUCUUGGCUAGCAGACGCAAAUACGUCUCCGAAUGCGUUGGUCGUAUGGUACUCAGUCUGAAAAGUUUAACAAAUUCUGUGUAGUAAUUUUCGAGUAGUGUUCAUAAAUUUGUAUCAAAAGCGAAUGUGUUGCCCAGUGUUAGUUUUUAAGUGAAAACAAAUUCAAAUAAGUUGAAAAGUUAACUCAAAUAAUGAAAAUAUUAGAAAAACAAGUGUUCAGCUGUACGCUGGUGCUUCUGCUUAGUGUAUGGUCCUGCUGCACUUGGACGCCAGCGAACGCAACGACGACUGAUGCGCCCAACGAAGACGAGGAAGGAGCGAAGCACAUUAAAGUCUUUACCGUAGCGACAGAACGCACCGACGGAUAUUUGCGUUACUUGCGUUCGGCACAGCGUAUCUAUGAUAUUGAGGUCAACGCCCUUGGCAUGGAUGAGGAGUGGAAAGGCGGCGAUAUGAACGGUUUGGGUGGCGGCUAUAAAAUACGUUUGCUGCGUGAAGCUGUCGAGCCAUUCAAAAAUGAAAAAGACACAAUUAUCUUGUUCACUGACAGCUACGACGUCGUUUUCACCGGUGGCCUUAAAGAUAUCUAUCGGAGAUUCAAGGAAUUUGGCGGCAAAGUGAUCUUCUCCGCAGAAAAAUUCUGCUGGCCUGAUUCGGACUUGGCUAGGAAAUAUCCACCUGUCUCGGAAGCCAAUGCAUCGCCAUUCCUCAAUUCAGGCGCAUUCAUUGGCUAUGCACCACAGAUCUAUAGCAUUUUACAAGACGAGGAAAUCAAAGAUGAUGAUGAUGAUCAACGUUACUAUACAAGAAUAUUCCUUGAUACGGAAAAGCGCAAAAAAUUGGGCAUUCAAUUAGAUACGCACUCGCGUUUGUUUCAAACUCUGAAUGGCGCACGUGGCGAUCUGAAGCUGGAUGUGGAUUUGGACUCGAAUGAGGGUAAAUUGCUGAAUAUUAAUUUUAUGACUGAACCUGUUAUUAUACAUGGAAAUGGACCAAGCAAAGUAGAGUUGAAUGCAUUUGCAAAUUAUUUAGCGAAAACUUUUAAUGGCGAAUGUCUCAUAUGUCAGGAAGAUCGCUUGGAAUUGGAUGAAAGUAAACUGCCCAUCAUUUCCAUGGCGGUAAUCAUUACACAGGCAGUGCCUUUCUUCGAUAUGUUCUUGGAGAAAAUCGAAAACCUCAACUAUCCCAAAGACAAAUUGCAUUUGUUUAUUUACAGUAAUCAAAAAUUCCACGACGAUAUGGCGAAAUCGUUCCUAAAGCGGCUGGAGCAGGAGUAUCGCAGCGCGAAAAUUGUGUUGUCGAGCGAUAUGUUGAACGAGCAACAAGGACGUGAAUUGGCGCUUCAACAAGCUAAGAAAAAGCAGUGCGAUUAUAUAUUCUUUGUGGAUGCUGAUGUACAAGUGGACGAUCCGCAAUUGCUACGCGAAAUGUUAAUAAUGAAUAGACAAUUUGCUGCGCCGGUGGUAAGCAAAUACGAUGAAUUAUGGAGCAAUUUCUGGGGUGCGCUCUCCGAUGGCGGCUAUUAUGCGCGUUCACAUGAUUAUGUCGAUAUUGUCAAAGGCUCAUUUACUGGCAUGUGGAAUGUCCCGUAUGUGUCUAGUGUUUAUCUGAUUAAGAGCAGUGCAUUCAAACAUAUCUCGUAUCACCAUCGCGACUAUGACCCCGAUAUGGCAAUGUGCGAAUCACUACGGAGAGCUGGUGUCUUCAUGUAUGUCACCAAUCAACAUGUCUAUGGUCAUUUAGUGAAUGCUGAUAAAUUCGAUACAACUCUUGCACGUCCCGAUUUUUACGCAUUGUUCAGCAACAAAUACGAUUGGCUGAAGAAGUACAUACACCCCAACUACUUCAAAUACUUGGAACCCAAUGCGACUAUAGAACAACCGUGUCCGGAUGUGUUCUGGUUCCAGGUGGCCACCGAUGCCUUUUGUGAUGAUUUGGUUGCUAUUGCGGAGCAUUACGGAAAAUGGUCGGACGGCAGCAAUAAGGAUAGUCGGUUAGAGGGUGGCUAUGAAGCGGUGCCCACACGAGACAUACACAUGAAACAGGUGGGACUUGAUCCACUGUGGUUGAAAUUCCUCGAUUACAUUGUGCGCCCGCUGCAGGAAAAAGUAUUUACGGGCUACUACCAUAAUCCGCCACGCUCGCUCAUGAAUUUCAUGGUGCGCUAUCGCCCGGACGAACAGCCCUCACUGCGUCCACAUCAUGAUUCCUCGACAUACACCAUCAACAUUGCUUUAAAUAGUGUGGAUGAGGAUUAUGAAGGCGGUGGCUGCCGUUUCCUACGCUACGACUGUCAGGUCAAUAAGACACGCAAAGGUUGGAUGUUUAUGCAUCCAGGUCGUUUGACGCACUAUCAUGAAGGAUUGCCGGUGACUAAUGGCACGCGAUACAUAAUGAUUUCAUUCAUUGAUCCAUAAAUGUGGGAUAUGCAGAGUGGACCAGUGUGUGGACCAGCUAAUGGAUUACAUCUAUUUAGAAUUUAAGCACAAACUGCCAUUGGCAUGCCCAAAGAUUACAUUUAGUCGUUUUGUAGCUGAUUUCUUUAUAAUGACGCUGCCAAAAGUCUUCUUAGUUAUCAAAUCGAAUUGUAAGAGACUACAUAAUUCUACGCAACCAAAUAAGAACAAAGUCGUAAAAAACACUAUAUAUAGAAAUCAUAUCAUACAAACUUUAUGCAAAUACAUGCAUAUAUACAUACAUAUUAAUACUUAUUAUGAACAAACGUGAAAAACUAGUUGCACGCAUUCCGUGCGUACUUUGCUGAAUACUCGUCGUUAUGAAUGAAUUUAUAUUUUUCGAAACCAAUUAACCAAUAUACUCUUGUCUACAAAUGAAGCUACUUAUACAAUACAUAUAAACCAAACUGUCCUAAUGAUUUGAAUCAAGUAAAAUGUAGUAACUUUUUACAACAGCCGUAUUUUAUAUUUACUUUACCAGUUAGCGGAAGUAUGUGUUUGAUGAAUAGUGAUUGAUUAAUAAGCAAUAAAUAAAUACAAAAACAUAUUUUAUGUAUGAAUGUA